AUGGCUACACCUACUUUUGUUGGCCUCCGUGGCCAGGCUCUUGUCUAUGCAGUGACACUGUGCUCCGGAUUGGGGUUCCUCUUGUUUGGUUAUGAUCUCGCCUUUAUGGGAGGCGUGACCACCUCCGCAGACUUCCUCGCCCUCUUCGGCAACCCAAGUCCUGCUCUACUCGGCUUCCUGGUUUCGUCAUAUGAGGUGGGAGCAAUGUUUGGAGCGCUGGGCAUCUUUCUCAUCGGUGAUAACUUCGGACGCAAGACGAAUGUCCUGACCGGGGCGGGCAUCAUCUGCCUCGGUGCCAUUCUCCAGACUUCUGCAUUCAGCAUUGCUCAAUUCCUGGUCGGGAGAAUUGUGGCAGGUUUUGGUCUCGGCAUGAUGACCACCAUAAUUCCGAUCUGGAUGACAGAGUGCGCACAGCCAAAGUCGAGAGGCCGAAUGGUGGCCAUGCAACUCUCCAACCUGAUCCUGGGUUUGAUCAUCGCCAACUGGCUCGACUAUGGGAUGUCUUUCUACGAAGGCCCGAUCGAGUGGCGUUUCCCAUGCGCUUUCCAGAUGGUAUUCUGCAUCAUCAUACUGGCAUAUAUGCCUUUCCUUCCAGAAUCGCCCAGAUAUCUCGUCCGUGCCGGCAAGAUGGUUGAUGCAGAGCGGUCACUUUCGGCCCUUCGUGCCUCAGAUGAUGUUGCCCAGGAGCUGCAACAGAUCCGCUACGCCAUCACUGUUGAGGCUGAAGAGCAAGGCUCUUGGACCGACGUCUUCCGAGAGGGUGGCGUGCAUGGACGCACUCGAGUCAUUAUUGCAUUCUGGGUCAACGCCAUGCAACAACUCACCGGUUCGAACGUCAUUUCCAGCUUUGGGCCUUACGUGUACCAGAAUCUGCUUGGUCUUUCACGCCACGACUCGCUGCUUGUAUCUGGCGGCAACCAGGUGUACUUCUUCCUAUCGAGUCUGAUCGCCUGGUGGGCCGUCGAUGCUAUUGGGCGCAGAAAGCUGUUCAUCUUCGGGUCCACCGGCAUGUGCCUAAUGAUGGUGCUGAGCGCCAUUUUCAUCCAGAUGGGCGGCAAGAACUUGGGGUAUGGUGCCAUCGUGUGCAGUUACGUCUUCUACACGUUCUUCACCGUUGGUUGGCAGGCGAACAUGUGGGUGUACCCGUCGGAGAUCUUGCCGCUGAAGCUGCGUGUGCGUGGUGGUGCGAUCGGGGUCAUCUCCCAGUGGGCGUUCACUUUCCUGGUCGUCGAAAUCACGCCUAGCCUGGUCCAGAACUUGCACUGGAAGAGUUAUAUCGUCUUCGCGGUGCUGAACUUUGUGGCGAUACCGGUUGUGUACCUUUUCUUCCCGGAAACCAACCAACUGCCUCUUGAGGCUGUUGAUCUGCUGUUCGUCGAUGGAGAACAGAAGCCGAACAUCUUGAAGGUUGUCAAACGCAGUGCCAACAAAGAGACUAGGGAGGAGAUCUUGUUCCGCAUGCGUGAUGAGGUGGAUCGUGCAACGGCGCUUGAGACCAAAGCCAGCGUUGCUCAUGAGGAGCUGUCGAGAUUCAGGUGUGAUUGUGUUGCAGAUCGAACGUUUUGGCAUUGUCAAAAGUCGAUCAGUGUGGUGUGGCUACUCCGCUAUAUUGCUGCUGGACGCCCGGCAGUUGAAGAUCAAUUAGCAUUUGACUUCCUUUGCACCUUCCAAUCCCCACCGGCUCUUUGCUUGGCUCUGAUACUUUGCUUUGCUGUUGCCUGUGAUAACAUGUCGUUCGUGAAGACAACACCGACGAUGCAUGGCAAGGGUUAG